AUGCUGAUAGGGAUCUGUGGCGCAAAAUGCGCCGGCAAAAGCACCAUAGCCCAGUACCUAAUAGAUCACCACGGCUUCGGAAAACUGUGUUUGGAUGCGUCAGCGCCCCAAAAUGAGAUCCCUUCGGAGGCAGCCAAAACUGCCCCAGGUCUGGUCACACCCGGCGGCACCGAAACAAAUCUAUCCUCACAUCACAAACAGACCUCUACGUCCUACACCUUUUGGACAGCUGCCGAGCUCCUAAGCUUCGUGACGAAGAAUUGGCGCUCUCGAUGGGUCACGACAGACAUCUUCGACGAGGGAACCCUCGACGCUCUGAGCAGACGACCAUUUUUCAUCUUGAUCAGCGUCGAUGCACCGCUGGCCGUGCGCUGGCGGCGCUAUCAACAGCGAUAUAACACCCAGCUGGAGAAGGAUCCUAUUAGUCUCGAGGACUUCGUGUCUAAAUCAGACCAACAUUUAUAUGACGCGUCUACUGGCGUCCUUCCCCUUAUGUCGCGGGCCACGAUCCGGUUGCUCAACACUUCUGCAGACCUGGCGCAUCUAUAUGCUACUCUUGGAAAACUGGACCUGACGAAUCCCGAUCGCCUCCGUCCCAGCUGGGACAGCUAUUUCAUGUCCUUGGCAUCGCUCGCAGCACAGAGGUGCAAUUGCAUGAAACGAGCCGUGGGUUGUGUGUUAGUGGACUCGAAACAUCACGUCAUCAGCACGGGCUACAACGGGACCCCACGACACCUGCUGAAUUGCGGAGAGGGCGGAUGUCCAAGGUGUAAUUCGGGCGAGAACAGCGGCCUAUCGCUAGCGACCUGUCUAUGCUUGCACGCCGAGGAAAACGCUCUGCUAGAGGCAGGCCGAGAGAGGAUUCGAGACGGGAGCGUAUUAUACUGCAAUACGUGCCCAUGCUUAACAUGUAGCAUCAAGAUUGUCCAGGUAGGUAUCAGUGAGGUGGUGUACAGCCAAGGUUAUAGCAUGGAUACGGAGGCGGCCCUGAUCUUUAGGAGCGCUGGGAUAAAAUUGAGGCAGUUCUCGCCGCCAGCAAAUGGAUUAGUUCAUCUCGAGAAGAUGGAUUCCUACUAG